UGGACCCAGUGGGUGUGCAGCCAAUGGGCUCCGGGCCAAGUGGUGGAAACCGUCAGUGUCCGACUCCUCCCAUUUCGGGUUCGCGUUAGGUAGGCCUGCACGUUAGAGGUCCUCCGUCCCGGCUGAAGCGAGGCGGGACUGUUUUUGCUGAGGUGAGGUCUAGUAAAUGGUGAAGUACUUCCCGGCCAGAGGGCACCUGGGGCCGUGAGGUCUCGGUGGCGUGCAGUGGGAGAGGAGUCCGACCCGCGGGGGAACCCAGCCUCGCCAACGGAGCGGGACGAGCGCAGCCCUCCGGUCUGGCGGGCGGCGUGGAAACCGCAGUCGAGCCGGUGUAACUGAGGCACGGCUGUGGUUGGCCCUCCCAACGGCUCUUUCGGCCCAGCACCCGGGAACGCGGCGGAGCUCUCGGCCGCGUGGAUCCCAGCCCUUGUCACCUCCCUUCUUUCACCCACGUGCAGUCCCGGGCUGGAGAAGGGACUGCGGGCGCAGUGAGUUCUCAACCCGCAUUCCAGUCUCUUGUCACCCGAUGCACAUCUUCAUGUGAGGUGAUUCCUAAGCAGCUGGGGAUCCUGAGGCUGUAAAAGGGGCUGCGGGGAGUGGACUGCAGUCCAAAAUCCAGAAGCAGAAUUUGAUGGUUUAACCACUGACCCAUUUCACAGAAUGUUUCAUGCAUUCAUGGACCGAAAGAUGGAGUUGGUUUUAUUUUUAAAAUGAUAUUGUCAGUGAUCUGAUACGACUAUAAGUAUUCACUUGAUGAAGAUGCAUGGACUUGUCAUUAAGUUGGACUAGUGAUCAUUUCUGAAAGUUUCUUCAACCACAAUUUCUAUUUGAAAAUUCAAGUAUCAAAGAAUAUUUGGUUUAGAGUGGUAUAAUGAUUCUCUGAGUACUGCAAAUUUCAUAGAGACCACAGUUGGAUUCCAGUUAUAUUCUACAAUCAAAGUGAUUCAGUUCUUUGAUAAAGUUAAUUUUGAAGAAUUUUAUGUUUGUAAACAACGCCAAAAGAUGGGAGAAAAAAAUGGUGAUGCAAAAACUUUCUGGAUGGAGCUAGAAGAUGAUGGGAAAGUGGAUUUCAUAUUUGAACAAGUGCAAAAUGUGCUGCAGUCACUGAAACAAAAGAUCAAAGAUGGAUCUGCCACAAAUAAAGAAUACAUCCAAGCAAUGAUUCUAGUGAAGGAAGCAACUAUAAAUAAUAAUUCAGCUUUGAUAAAGGAUCAUACGUCUGUGACCCAGAAUGCACAGGAAAACAAAUCAAGUUCAUUGCCCUCUACAUCACAUGAAGACUCCUUUCCAGAAGACUAUACCUCUCUAUCUACAGAAAAUAAGGCAGUUCCCCCUCUGGAAAAUAAAGUUGCAGACUUUAGAGAAAAAGAAUCAUCUUCAAAUUUAUCUUACCAAAAGCAUGACUGCUCUGGUGCCUGUCUGAUGAAAAUGCCACUUACCUUCAAGGGAGAAAACCCUCUGCAGCUACCAAUCAAAUGCCACUUCCAAAGACGACAUGCGAAGACAAACUCUCAUUCUUCAGCACUCCACGUGAGUUAUAAAACCCCUUGUGGAAGGAGUCUACGAAACGUGGAGGAAGUUUUUCGUUACCUGCUUGAGACAGAGUGUAACUUUCUAUUUACAGAUAACUUUUCUUUCAAUACCUAUGUUCAGUUGACUCGGAAUUACCCAAAGCAAGAAGAAAUUGUUUCUGAUACGGAUAUUAGCAAUGGAGUGGAAUCGGUGCCCAUUUCUUUCUGUAAUGAAAUUGACAAUAGAAAGCUUCCACAUUUUAAGUACAGAAAGACUAUGUGUCCACGAGCAUAUUAUUUAAACAGCUUUUCCAACAUGUUUACUGAUUCAUGUGACUGUUCUGAGGGCUGCAUAGACAUAACAAAAUGUGCAUGUCUUCAACUGACAGCAAGGAAUGCCAAGACUUGCCCCUUGUCAAGUAGUAAAAUAACCACUGGAUAUAAAUAUAAAAGACUACAGAGACAGAUACCUACUGGCAUUUAUGAAUGCAGCCUGUUGUGCAAAUGUAAUCGACGAAUGUGUCAAAACCGAGUUGUCCAACAUGGACCUCAAGUGAGGCUACAAGUAUUCAAAACUGAGAAGAAGGGAUGGGGAGUACGUUGCCUAGAUGACAUUGACAGAGGGACGUUUGUUUGCAUUUAUUCAGGAAGAUUACUAAGCAGAUCUAACACUGAGAAACCUGAUGCUAUUGAUGAAAAUGGAAAAGAAGAGAAUAUUAUGAAAAAUAUGUUUUCAAAAAAGAGGAAAAUAGAAGUCACAGAUUGUGAGGUUGAAGUUAUCCCAUUAGAAUUGGAGACAUAUCCUAGAAGUGCUAUGACUGAGGAGUGUCCACCUAAGCUCCAUAAUAAUCCCAAAGAGCCUAUUAUAGAAAUGAAAUGUAACAGUAUUUCAAGAAUUCAGUAUCAUUCAGUCAUUAGAAGUCCUAAAACCAAGAUGGCCAGUAUUCAACACAACGGGAAAAAGAUGGGAUUUACUUCCUCAGAGUCUGUCACCUCAGAAGAUAAUGGUGGAUUUAAACCAACUCAAGUACAUCUGAACUCUAAAGCCAAGGAAAUGAGAGGUGUCUUUCAGGUUGCAGAAAAGUUGCAAAAAAGGAUAUGCGCGCUUUGCCCCAAAGACCUCGAGUGUAGUGUCCUGUACUUUGCACAGUCAGAGAAUAUAGCUGCUCAUGAAAACUGUUUGCUGUAUUCCUCAGCACUUGUGGAAUGUGAAGAUCAUGAUCCGCUUAAUCGUGAUAGAAAUUUUGAUGUGGAAUCAGUAAAGAAAGAAAUCAAGAGAGGAAGGAAGUUGAAAUGCACAUAUUGUGGGAAAACAGGAGCCACCGUGGGAUGUGAUUUAAAAUCCUGUCUCAAGAAUUACCACUUUUUCUGUGCCAAGAGUGACCACGCAGUUCUACAAGCUGAUGGAUCUGAAGGAACUUACAAAGUAUUGUGCCAACAACAUGCUGACCCUCAAAAUGACCUACUCUCAAUGAAGGCUUUGUCUGGUGUCUUCCAUUCUCACUUCAGUCAGCAAACCGAACUGAAACCCGGAGUGAAAAGAAAAAGGGGAAGGAAAAAACGUCUCUCAGCAGGCAAUCCUGUACAGCCACCGGAAAGAAUGGCAUUGGAUAGGAGGGAAAAGGAUGGCAGACACACAGAUGCAAUUGUGAAAGUUGCUUUUCUUAAGAAAUGUAAAGAAGCGGGUCUUCUUAAUGCUUUAUUUGAAGAAAUAUUAGACAAACUUCAUUUGAUUCAGGAAAGACUCAUGGAUGAGACCACUUCAGAAUCAGACUAUGAAGAAAUUGGGACUUCACUUUUCGACUGUAGAUUGUUUGAAGAUGCAUUUGUAAAUUUUCAAGCAGCAAUAGAGAAUAAAAUUCAUCAAUCUGAAGAAAGGCAGCGGCAGCUGAAGGAAGAGACUGAGCUACUUCAGAACUUAAAACAAACCUUGUGCUCUGAGCUUCAGUCAAGUUCUACUUCAGAUUCUUCUCUGUCUUCUUAAGAAUGACCAUUUCCUAAGCCAGGAAUCAAGCACGGUUGUAAACAGGCUGAAAGCUGGAGACGGGCCUGUGAAAGCCACACAUCUUUAGCACUAGGCCCCUCGUGUCUCUCUGGCCCUCAAACUUUGAUCCUCACCAGCCCUUACCUGUUCUUGCUGAUUUGGCAUCUUAUGCCUUUUUACUGCCUCCUCUUCCUCAUCAUCAUCUCACUUGUACCCCUCCCCCCCCAAUAAAAUAUUUCUGAUUCUACUUGAGUAAAUUGGACCAUGCCUCCCAUCGCUCUAAAAAUCCUUUGGUGGAUUUUUAGAUUUUUAGAUCCCGCCUCCCCCACCCCCACUACAGUGAGCUAAGUGGAUUCCAGGUGCUCCUGCCCCCAGGGCCUUUGCACAUUCUGCUGUGAAGUCUUCACUGCUCCUCCUGCGGAUGUCCUCAUACCUAUUCCAUCUGAGAGUACUUUCUCUUCAUAUCCCUUCUCGGUGUAAGCCACUCUAUCAUACCUCAAACCGAUGGAGUAUAAGCAGUCUGAGGGCAGAAACUCACAAUUCCUGUGUUUUCCUCCCUGUCACAUUCCCAGCAGCUAGCGUGCUCAAUAAAUGUUGAAAAAAUGCAUAAACUGUUUUUAUCUUUUGAGACUAGUUCCAGCCUGUAAUGCUUCUUUGAUAAAAUAAAUCUGAACGUUAUACCUGUACCAAA